CAAAAGACGGUGGUGGUAUCGUUACAAGCCAAAAAUUAAUAAUUAACUCUCUAAACCCACUUUGGCUUUCGGAGAGGAAAGCGAGAGAGACAAUGGAGCUGAACGGAGAGGAAGGAAAAGCGACGACGUAUUGCGUAACGGGUGCCAGUGGAUACAUCGGUUCUUGGUUGGUUAAGUCUCUUCUCGAAAGAGGCUACACAGUUCACGCCACUCUCAGAGAUCUUGCAAAAUCUCAAUAUUUAAAAUCCAAGUGGAGAGGAAACGAACGGCUUAGAUUAUUCCGAGCGGAUCUUCAAGAUGAAGGCAGCUUCGAUGACGCCGUUAAGGGCUGUGAUGGCGUGUUCCAUGUCGCGGCUUCCAUGGAGUUUGAUAUCUCACCGGAUCACGUUAAUCUAGACAGUUAUGUCCAGAACAAAGUCGUUGACCCGGCGAUAAAAGGCGUACGGAACGUACUAGGUUCUUGUCUGAAGUCAAAAUCAGUCAAGAGAGUUGUCUUCACGUCAUCCAUCAGUACCCUCACAGCCAAAGAUGAGAAUGAACAGUGGAGAUCAAUCGUAGAUGAGACUUGCAAGACUCCCAUUGAUCAUGUACUUAAAACAAAAGCAAGUGGAUGGGUUUAUGUACUAUCGAAACUAGUAUCAGAGGAAGAAGCAUUUAGGUAUGCAAAAGAGAGAGGAAUGGAUCUUGUUUCAGCUAUUACAACUACUGUCUCGGGUCCAUUUCUUACUCCUUCUCUCCCAUCAAGCCUUCAAGUUCUUUUGUCUCCAAUAUCAGGUGACUCCAAGUUGUUUGCGAUACUAUCAGCAGUGAACAAAAGAAUGGGUUCGAUUGGUUUGGUACACAUUGAAGAUAUUUGCAUGGCGCAUUUGUUUCUGAUGGAAGAACCAAAAGCUGAAGGUCAAUACAUAUGUUGUGUUGAUAAUAUUGACAUGCAUGAGUUGAUGCUUAAUCACUUCUCUAAGGAGUGUCUAUGUAAAGUUCAUAAGGUUGAUGAUGAUUUGGAAGAGAGACAAAGUUUGAUGAAGCCUAAGAUUUCUUCAAAGAAGUUAAGAGACUUGGGAUUUGAGUAUAAAUAUGGUAUUGAUGAAAUUAUUUAUCAAACCAUUGAUGCUUCCAUCAAUUUUAGGUUCCCUACCUUGGACCAGAGGCUCAAGCAGUGAGAGGCUUGAAGUUUUGAUCAGGCCAUAGUGAUUAUAAAGAAUCCAUUAAUAAAGCUUUUUGUAUCCCCUACAAGUUGUUUAUUUAGAAGGUUCUAUUGUAUACUGCCAAAGCGAAACCGGUUAGACAAUGAACCAACAAUAGAAACCUUCCUCAUUCAUCUC